AUGCAAGAAUUAAUUCAAUCGGCACAAGUCAUCUUGCCAUGUUCACCAUUUGAUGAGACACUCACAUUCUUUACCAAUCGACUGGGUUUUCGACUUAAUCUUAUUUCUCCAGCAGAUGAUCCAGCAAUCGCUGUACUUUCUGGAUAUGGACUCAAUUUACGACUGGAACGCAAUACUGGCGAAAUGGCGCAAGCAGCUGGUACAAUUCGUUUAUUCGUGAAAGAUGAUUCCGAACUUUUUCAGAAUGAUAGCACAGAAAUGUUUGCACCGAAUGGUACCAAAAUUCAAAUUGUGAAAGAGACAACCGAAUUGGUGAUACCACCCAUCAAACAAUCAUUUGUUUUGUGUAAAAUAGCUACCGAUGCAGCAUGGGUCAAAGGACGUGCGGGAAUGAAUUAUCGUGAUUUAAUUCCCGGUCGACAAGGUGGACGCUUUAUUGCAUCGCAUAUUCAAAUUCCGAUUGGAGGUCCAGUGGCUGACUCUGUACAUUACCAUAGUAUUCGAUUUCAAAUGAUCUACGUCUAUCGGGGUUGGGUACGACUCGUCUACGAAGAUCAAGGACCUCCAUUCGUUCUUCAAGCAGGAGACUGCAUUUUGCAACCUCCUCUAAUUCGUCAUCGAGUGUUAGAAAGCUCGGCCGGUCUUGAAGUGAUUGAAGUCGCAUGCCCAGCGACACAUAACACUUACGUCGAUCAUCACAUGCAGCUACCUAAUACUGAGCAGCGGCACGAUCGUGACUAUGGAGGACAGCGCUUUGUCAAAUACCUUGCAGCAGAUGAAACGGCUUCAUGGCAUCCGUGGCGUUUAUGUGGCUUCGAAUUCCGAGAUACUGGAAUCGGCUUGGCUACUGCAGGUCUAGCCGGUGUUCGUAUUGUUCGAAAUAGUGGUGAUCUCAAGUCUCAAAUUUUGCAACAUGAUGCUGAGAAAAAUGCAUUCGCCACGUGA